UGUAAUACAAGGUACGAGAUUUUUUUUAACCUUAAAGAAAGUUUUUUUGUUGAAAAUCAUAAUAUUUUUAAUUUAAACAAUGAUUUAAAUCUAGAAGUGGCGCUUCGACUGUAACAAUUAUGGGGGUACGAGGAUUGACUACUUUUAUUAACAACCGAUCCCAUUUAUAUCUAAAAGAAUAUAAGUUACACGACUGCAAAGUGGUAUUGGAUGGCAACAGUAUAGCUUCCAACUUGUACAAAUGGCAUUGUAAAUGCAACGAUUGCUUCGGUGGAGACUACGAUAAAUUUGCCAACGUAAUAUACAGUUUUUUCGAUCUACUUCGUCAGUGCAAUAUUACUCCGUAUGUGAUCUUUGAUGGUGGUUAUGAAAAACGUAAACUAGCCACCGUAAUCAGCAGAAUGAAGAACAAGAUUAUGGCAGCAAACCAUUUAAGUUCAGCCACAGAAGGAUCUGAGUCAGUAUUUCCUUUAUUCUUAAGAGAAGUGUUUUUAGAUGUUGUUUUGGAAUUAGGCAUCAAAACUGCCAGGUGUGAAUUCGAGGGUGAUAUGGAAAUCUCUAAAAUUGCAAAAGUUUUGGAUUGUCCUGUACUAAGUUACGACUCAGAUUUUUAUAUUUUCGGAUGCCUAUACAUUCCUUUUUCUACUGUAGAACUGGUUGCAAAAAAGGGAAAUGACUUAACCAACAAAAAAUCAUUUUUAUAUAUCCCCUGCAAGAUAUACAAUAUAGAAUCUUUUCUAAAGAGUUACGGUGGUCUAGACAGAUCUAACUUACCACUCUUAGCUGUGAUUUUAGGUAACGAUUAUGUAAAAGGGACUCUUUUUAACCCAUUUCUUAGAAAUUUGAAAAUACAGAAAUGUACAGCGAAUCAAAGCGAUCAACAGAAACGUAUCAAAAGUUUGAUAUAUUGGUUACAAAAUGAAACAGUAGAGACAGCCAUCAAAACUGUCUUAAGCAGAUUCAAAAGUUGUAAGAGACAAUAUAUUUUGAAAAAAAUAAAGGAGGCCAUGAAAGGUUAUUAUGAAGUUAAUAGUGAAUUAUUGGAGUACUUGGGAAUUAAGGUAGAGAUUGAAAAAGACUCUUUACAGUUGGAAUUUACUGAAAUAGAAAGAAAGUUAGAAAAUUACUAUUUUAACCCUAAAGAUGAAGAUGAAAGUGAUGAUGCAGUUGAAGAUACUGAAGAUAGAGAAUCUGAGACAGAAAACAUUGAAGAUAAAGAUGAAAGUGUAAGUGAUAAUGCAGGUGAGGACAGUGAAGAUUGUGAAGAAAGACAAUCUGAGACAGAAGAUAUUGAAAAUAAAAAUAAAGAAGACUUAAUAUAUAAUAUAUUUCUUCAAAACUUCCAAAAGUGCCAGUAUCCAUCAUCUUUCAUGGACAUGAUAGUACAGAACAAGUAUUAUUGUAUACCUCAAGUUGAGGAUGCAAAAAGUGAACAUUCUCACGUGUUUAGUCUCGAUAUUUUAUCGUUUAUUUACCAAGUCUUAACUCCAACGCAUUUUAAAAGUUUGAUAGUGGUUUCUAGAUGUGGCAGAACUGGUAUUCGGUACUCUAAAUUGCCUCAGAGUAGUGAAAAUUUAUAUACGUUUGAGGAUAUUCAAGUUAGAAACUUAAGUGAAAGAAAACAAAUAUUAUUUGAGGUCCUUAAAAUUGAUCCACUUAAUUUAGAUAAAUUACCUACCGAAUGGCAUUUAUUCUUGGUAUCUCUUCAAUAUGCCCUUCAAAAGGGUUCUUUCGAUAAAGCUUUAAUAAUUUCUCUUAUUUUAUGCUUUUAUGUUUUAAAUUAUAUUGAUACCGUUUUAGGUUUUUCUAGAUCCACUAAAACUUUUGAAAAGAAGUUCAAUAAUUAUAAGAAUAGCAAUAUUAAUAAGAAUGAAAUUAUUAAAAACGAUGAUACAAGUUUACAGGAUAUUUCACUGAAAGAUUGUAUGUUUUUCAUGAACAAAGUGAUUUCGUAUUUUCAAAUGGAUUUAAAACUAAAAACGAAUUACCGACUCUAUGACAAGACGUUAGUGCAUUCAAUGUCCCAGUUACAAAGUAUAUUUCUUCACGUAAAGUACUUGAAUUCAUUGUUAAAUUUACCUUUUGAGAAUUUAAAAAUUCACAAGAUUUUCGACGGGACCUUUGUGUACAAUAUGACAAAUAAUCUCAGGAAGCGCACUAAUAUUGAAAAUUACUUGGAACAAUUUUUAAACGACUGUCCUGGUAUACUAAACAAGAUAAAAUUCAUUCUUAAUCGUAUAGAAUAUCUCUUUACUUCGUCAAACUUAGAAGUUAUUCAAAAACUAAAAAGAAAGAAAAGAAAAAAACAAGUGAAACAUAUUGGUGAAGAGACGGCGUGUAUAGAAGAAAACGAAGAAAGCGAUGAAGGUUUUAUCGAUCCUAAUAAUUUAUAUUCAUUGUUAAAUAAUUCAUAGUUGUUAAUGAUAAAUAAACAUUUUAAUUAUUUAAUGAUUACAUUUUAUUGAUCGUGCAUGGGGAGCGAAUAUACCAUAAAAAAAUAGUUUAGCGCUAACGAAGUUU